AUGGCGCUUCCAUCCAUAGUCUCGGCCGCUCAGUCUCACAUCGGCGAAGGUCUUCCCGUGUCGCUCAUCACCGCCGCCUCGCAAGCGCAUCCGAAACCCAUCAACCAGACCUUCACUUACGGUACUGCCGGUCUGCGUACACGAGCCGACAUCCUCGACAGCACGUGUUUCCGUGUCGGUCUCAUCGGUGCUUUGCGGUCCAAAAAGCUCAAGGGCAAAACCAUCGGCCUUAUGGUAACCGCCAGCCACAAUCCGGAGCAGGACAAUGGUGUCAAGAUGGUCGACCCGCGCGGUGAGAUGCUUGAGGCGACAUGGGAGCCGUUCUGCACUCAGAUUGCCAACGCCAUCACUGACGAAGAGCUCGUCACUUCGCUCGAGAAGCUCGUUGCGCACUUCAAGAUUGACCUCGCUGCCCCUGCUUCCGUGAUUGUUGGCUACGACACACGCCCAUCCUGCAAGCAGCUCGUCCAAGCCAUCGUCGAUGGUCUCUCGGCUUUCGGCGCGCAUACCAUCGACGCUGGCCUCAAGACCACUCCGCAGCUGCACUACCUUGUCAAGUGCCUCAACACUCAGGGCACACCCGAUUCGUACGGUGAACCGAGCGAACAGGGCUACUACAAGAAACUUGCCGCUGCUUUCCUCAAGCUUGUCCCCGCCAAGUCGGAUGUGCCGCCACUCGUCGUUGACUGCGCCAACGGUGUCGGUGCCUACGCGCUCACCAACCUGAUCAAGUAUCUUCCGGAGGAUCGCAUCGCCUUCCGUGCGCUCCGUACCAGCACCACUACGCCGGGCGCACUCAACAACGGGUGCGGUGCCGACUAUGUCAAGACCAACCAGUGUCUGCCUGUCGGGUUUGAAAAGGAGAACCUGCAGCCUGGCGAACGUCUGUGCUCCUUCGACGGCGACGCGGAUCGUAUCGUGUAUUACUAUCUCACGGGUCCUGCCAGCUCCAAGGACUCGUUCCGCUUGCUGGAUGGCGACAAGAUUGCCUCUCUCGCUGCUGGCUACCUCUCGGAGCUCGUCCAGGCAGCCGGCAUCAAGCUCGAGCUCGGCUGUGUCCAGACCGCCUACGCCAACGGAAGCUCGACCAAGUACCUCAAGCAGCGCGUGCCCGUCACUUGCACCCCAACGGGAGUCAAGCAUCUCCACCACGCCGCCGAGGCAUACGACAUUGGCGUCUACUUUGAGGCCAACGGUCACGGAACUGUGCUCUUCUCGCGCUCUGCGCAACGCAAAAUUAAAGAAGCCAGUCCGUCCACACCUGCAGCCCAGACCGCGCUCGAGCAGCUGGCCGCCCUGGUCGAUCUGAUCAACCAGACCGUCGGUGAUGCUAUUUCAGACAUGCUUCUGGUCGAAGUCAUCUUGCGAGCGCGUCAAUGGGGCCCGGCUGAAUGGGAUGGGGCGUACGAGGAUCUGCCCAACAAGAUCCUCAAGGUCAAUGUCAAGGAUCGCUUCGUGUUCAAAACCGAGGAUGCCGAACGCAAGUUGACCAGCCCACCCGGUCUGCAGGGGAGAAUUGAUGAGCUGGUGGGCAAGUACAAGGAUGCCAGGAGCUUCGUUCGCCCGAGUGGUACCGAGGACUGCGUCCGAGUGUAUGCCGAGUGUGCUAUCGCUAGCGAACUCGCUCCGCUCGCCAAUGGUGUCGCCAAGCUUGUUUCGGAUUACGCCUCGUUGGGUUGA